AUGGAGUCUCCUAUCCUCAUCCUAGACGGCGGGCUGGGCACAUCACUCGAGCAAAAGUACGGCUGCAAGUUUGACCACGGCACGCCGCUCUGGUCGUCGGACCUGCUCGUCUCCGACCCGGCGCGGCUCCGGCGGUGCCAGGCCGACUUUGGCCGCGUGCCCGUCGACAUUCUCCUGACGGCGACCUACCAGGUCUCGGCGGCCGGCUUCGCCGCGACGCGCGAUCCAGAGAAGCAGGAGCCGGGCAUCUCGCGCGCGCGCAUCCCGCUCUACAUUGACGAGGCGCUGCGCGUCGGCCACGCAGCAAAGGCGCCGGACGCGCGGCUCGCGCUCAGCGUCGGCCCGUACGGCGCGUGCAUGGUCCCGAGCCAAGAGUACAGCGGCGUCUACGACGACGCGCACAGCUCGCAGGAGGCGCUGCUCAGGUGGCACGCGGACCGGCUGCGGCUGUUUGCGGCGGUCGACGACGUGCAGGGCAGGGUCGGCUACGUGGCGCUCGAGACGGUGCCCCGCGUCGACGAGAUCAUCGCCAUGCGCCGCGCGCUGUCGGCGACGGAGGCGCUGUCCGCGCUUCCGUGCUGGAUAUCGUGCCUGUUUCCCGGCGACGACGGCGUCCUCCCGGACGGCGGCUCCGUCGAGGCGGCGGUGCGCGCCAUGCUCGAUCCCGCCGUGGCGUCACCGGCAUGGGGCGUGGGCAUCAACUGCACCAAGGUCCACAAGCUGGACGGCCUGCUGCGGCGCUACGAGGAUGCCGUGGGAAUGCUGCUCCAGGAAGGGGUGGUGCAGGGCGGGUGGCCGGCGCUGGUGCUGUAUCCAGACGGGACGAACGGGGAGGUGUACAACACGACGACGCAGACGUGGGAGCGGCGGCAGGGGGGGGAGGGAGAGGGAGGGGAGAGGGUGCCGUGGGCGAAACAGCUCGCAGAGGUGGUGAGGGCGACGCGGAGACGUGCUCGUUGGAGGCAGAUUGUCGUGGGCGGGUGUUGCAUGGCUGGCGCAGAGGACAUUGCGGCUCUGCGGGCAGAGCUCUUAUAA